CCUUGCAGACACGAGCUGCUUCUCAGAGGGAAGAGGCUUCUUUGCAGACGCUCCCGGGCUUUCAAUCUGAAGUAAAACAGAGCUCUGGAAACAGGAAAAAAAAUUCCCCUAAGCUGAUUAAAGAUGGCCCAAUCUCGAUUGACCAAAACUGAGAGAAAGGCGCUGCUGGAUAUUUUGGGAUGCCAACAUCUAAGCCUUCUCUAUAAAGCAAGUUUGCAUACCUACAAUGUCAAUGCAUUUCAUAACAAAUGCGACCAUCAGGGCCCAACUGUAGUUGUGGGAUACAAUGCAAGUGGCUAUAUCUUUGGAGGCUUUACAGAACAGAAUUAUGCUUCAGCUGGGAGAUACCUGUUUGAUAACAAUGCUUUCCUGUUUAGAUUGAAAGGGAAAGAGCAGGAGCUCAGCGUACUAAAAUUCCCAGUCAAGAAUGCUGUUGAGGCUGUCCUUGACAAUAGUGCAUAUGGUCCUACUUUUGGAGCUAACACACUUGUAUUCCUGUCUGAAAGCAAGAAUAGUGUUACCACAGAUGCUGACACUAACAGUUACACACUCAAUGCAGAAGACCUACAUGGAAAUGACCAAGUCCUUUUGGAAUGUGAAGUAUAUCGAGUUGAAGGGCUGAGUAGCAUUUUGGAAAAACCAUGGCGGGAGAUGACAUGGACAGCAGAGAAAAGGGAAGCACUGAUGAAAGAAAUAAGAACUUUCAAGCCUUGCUUGAGUGCUGUGCCCCAGUGUCGGGUUCUGCUUACUGGGCCAGUUGGAGCAGGGAAGUCCAGUUUCUUCAACUCUGUGUAUUCAACUUUCCGAGGCUACGUGUCAAGUCAAGCUGCAGCAGGAUCAGAUUCCACAAGUCUGACAAAGCAGUAUAGGACUUAUCAUCUUAAAAGCGGAAGUGAUAGAACCCCACUCCCAGUCAUCUUCUGUGAUACCAUGGGACUUGAAGCUCAACCCAACGGUGGUUUGGACAUUGAGGACGUGCGCAGCAUAUUGGAGGGCCAUAUUCCUGAUCGGUACUCGUUCAAUCCAUCCUGUGUUAUGAGCCCCAAUAUGCCAUACUAUAUCAAAUGCCCCUCUCCAAAAGACCGGAUUCAUUGUGUUGCAUUCAUUAUUGAUGGGUCCAAGGUUGAGAUCCUCCCUGAGAAGCUGGAAGAAAAACUGAAAGACAUCCGUCGAAAAGCGAACAGUUUUGGUGUCCCACAGCUUGUUAUUCUAACUAAAGUGGAGCAGAUUUGUCCGAUUGUUGAAGAAGAUAUAUCAUACAUAUACAAAAGCAUGGCUGUUCAGAAGCAGAUGCGGCUAAUAGAAGUGAAACUUGGCAUCCCUCUGUCUCAUAUAGUUCCUGUUAAAAAUUAUUCCUCAGAGCUGGAACUGAGGAAUGAUGUUGAUAUCCUGAUACUUAUGGCAGUGAGGCAGAUGCUUCGUUUAGCUGAAGACUACUUUGACGACUUUGAUGACGAACCUUCGGUCAAUCGUUCCACAAAGGAUUGUUACGCUGAGCCUUAAUAUAUAGGACUGAAUUGCUCCCUUCAUGUGCAUUUACAUCUGCUACUUAAAGGAACGUGUUUGGGGUACAUGUUCCAGAGAUGCCACCAUAGUAAACAUGUAAAGUUAUAAAGACCUGCAUGACUUGGGACUUAGAUAUCUUUCCCCAUAUCAGCCAUCUCAAGUUCUCAGAUUGGCCGAGGGGGCCACUGUAGGAAUUGUUGCCAAUGCAUCAGAAGGCAUGCAUUUCCUCUAUAAUUGGGGUGAGGGGGGUAUUUCCUGAACAAUAAUUUACCCUGCCGAAAUAACCUGGUGUUAGUCAAAUGUAAGAUAAUUUGAUCCUAACUUACUUAGGAGGAAAACGUAGACUUGAAAUCUGAACAAAAAAUAUUUCUGCAAAUGUUAUUUUUUUUGUGUGUGAUUUUUUUUCUGUUAUAAAAUGUUCAUUACAAUUA